AUGUGCAUCGAGAUUUCAUUACUGAAGCAUUUGCAGCAGGUUUACAAUGCAUUACGCAGUCACACUGAGCUUUACCGUUCCAAAGUACUCCAGUCUCCAUCAAGUGCUUUACUUUCUGUAUCCUCACUACCUCCUCGGGCUAUCGCCAGUUUUCUUGUCCAUUGCUUCUUCAAGCAUGCCGAGACAAGUUAUUUUACGGUUGAAAGAAUCUGGCUAGAGUCAAAGCUUGACUUGGCAUACACUAAUCCCAACUCAAUUACCAACAGCGAUGUAAGCACUAUGUGCGUGAUCUUUGGUGUCCUUGCGUUCGGGACACAGCACGCAUAUCUUGAGUCGGCGACAGAACGCAUUGGUGGCAGAAAAUCAACUCAACAUGGCCCAUUCACCGGCGAUACUAUAGGUGUAAUGCUUUAUCAACAGGCCUGUCUUUUAUUACCGGAUUUCAUCACCCUCUCAUCACUAAAAAGCGUCCAGGCCUGCUUGCUCCUGGGUAUUUACACACUACCGCUUGACGCAUCCGGGUUGGCAUGGAUCUACCUGGGUAUUGGCGUCAAGCUUGCGAACCAGAAUGGCAUGCACAGAAAGACUUGCGAGGAUAGCUUUGAUCUGUACAUCCGCGAAACCAAGAAUUUAGUGUGGUGGACUUUGUACACGCUGGGGAGUUCUGUUUCACAUUUGUCCUACUAUUCUUUAUUAUCGCGCAUCGCUAUAUUUCACGGUCGUCCAUUUUCAAUUGCCAGAUCUGAUGUAGACACUGAACUCCCUACCGGUAAAAGUGAUCUCUGCAGCAUAUCGCAUUCAAUCUCCCUUCUCCACACAUCCCUAACAAGCGAGGUAAUUGAGCGACUUACUAGACUGUUCAAUCUCCAGCAAGACCUUAUAAACUGGUGGAAGACGCUCCCCAGGAACGAUAUUCAUAGUGAUCACACAUCUCACCCCGAGAAUCUCCGCCGCGCCAUGCAUCUAAAACUAGAUUAUUGUCUCGGAAUCAUGUUCGCAGGCCGGUACUUUAUCUUUGCCGAGUCCAGCUUGGAGGGAAACAGCCCGACAUCCACCACGAAGCUCCAGAAUGCAAGGCCCAUGAGGAUUAACUCACAAACACGGCAUAUGUCUUCCAUCCUCUGCGUUUCCGCUGCGCAUACAGUCAUAGAAAUAUGUCGCCAUCUGUACAACACCAUUGGUCUCGCCCGUGCAUCAUACACGGAAUUUAGUGCAUGCCAUGCCGCCUUGCUGGUAAUCAAUACACAAUGUCUCCAAGCGACUGACUACAGACAACACCACGCCAUCCGCGAGGGGUUUACAAUGUUGAAAGAGAUGUCGGGCGAAGCGGAGCUAGCCCGCACUGAAGUAUCUUUGAUCGAGGGGUUCCAACACAUAAUCGCCAGUAUGGACAUAGCUGGUGAUGAUGUAGCCGGCGACAUGGCUUCUGACUUUUCGACAUUUAAAAAUUGGGAGAAUUCAUGGAGGCAAGAUUCAUUCUUUGCGCAAAAUCCCAGACCAGAUGAUUCGAUACUCAUGGCUUCACUUGGUCUAUCAAGCGGGUCGCCUGGUGCUUCGUCUGGCGAAUUGUCAUUAUGGACGUCGCUGUUUGGGUCUGAUCGAGAUGGGCCAUCUUGUACACAGGGUCAGGAUGAUUGGACUAGAUUAUGA